UGUGUUUUGCAGGUGUUGGGGAGAGGGAAAUCUUUGCGCUGGUCUCUCUACAUAACAAGCUCCGCGGUUGUGUGAAUCCUCCGGCUGCCAACAUGCGAAGGAUGGGGUGGAGUGAGGAUUUGCGCUCUCAGGCCCAGACUGUGGCCUCCCAGUGCCGGUACACACUUCCAGAUGAUCGCCAGGUUGGGUGGAACGUGCAGAGUUUCCCAGUAGGGACAGUCUCCUUACUGGAUGUGAUUCACCUCUGGUUUCGCCAGGGAGAAGAUUAUGACUUUGAGACAGCGCAGUGCACCCCUAAUCACACCUGCCGCCAUUACACCCAGAUGGUAUGGGCCACAUCGUGGGAGCUGGGCUGCGCUAUCAGUAGAUGCUCCUCAGAGCAAGGUGACACCGACAUGAUGGUGUGUGCGUAUUCUCCGGGGGGUAACUGGGACAUCAGAGGACAGAUUAUCAAACCCUACCAGUCCGGCUCCUGGUGCAGCUUCUGUACAGCCACCUGGUCUGGCUGUUUCAAGACCUGGGAGCAACGUGGAGGCCUCUGUGAGGUGCCACGGAAUCCCUGCCGAAUCAGCUGCAGGAACUAUGGCCGCCUAAACACCACCAACUGCCAGUGUCACUGUGCACCGGGGUACACCGGCCGCUAUUGCCAAGUGCGGUGCGGGUCACGCUGCGUACACGGUCGGUUUCGAGAGGAUGAAUGUUCCUGCGUGUGCAGAGCUGGAUACGGAGGAGAAGAAUGUACAGAGAAGCUGCAGUCAUCUGCUCCAUCCUGUGACAUCCUGAGUGAUGAGCUCUGCUUUACAAUCUCCUCACAACUUCAUUCCUAUUAUGGAGCUAAAAAGGAUUGUCAGAGGUCGGGGGGAUUUCUGGCUCAGAUAACUACGCCGAGAAUUCAGGACAUUUUGGCAUUCUUCCUUGGCCGUCUGGAAGAUACGAAUGAAGUGACGGACAGAGACCCUCAGAAAUGGAACUUCUGGAUUGGUGAGAACCUCCAAAUCCCAGCUCCCAUAUGA